CCGGUUCCUUUGCCAGGCGUCUAUCUUGUGACGUAGAUACGCACCGUAACUGGUCCGGGAUACCCCUGCGGGAUAGAAGAGACAGAUGAACAUAAAUAUUCGGUCUACCCCGGUCAGUGCAGGCUUUCUGCUAUCCUCAAAGUAAGUAACCCUCCAACUAGAGUAUAUCGCACAAUGCCUGUAAACGAGCGUGGUUCCUCGCCCAGGCGAGAUACAUCAUUGAAUAUCAGAGCAGACAGCGAUGAUGAAUACACCCAUUUGGACCAGGACCCAGAUGAACACGAAUCAUGGCAAUCCAUGAUGGAGGCAAACUACGACAAGAAUGACCUACAUGGACAAUGUCAUGCUCCCGAAUGUGACUUCCUAGCCAGCGAGGACGGGAGCGAUGAUGAAGAGCGAGACGGUUCAUCGGGAUCCAACUGCACCGAUGAUGACAAUUAUAGUCAAGAUCCCGACGGCCUACCAUUAUCAACCUGGAAGCAAUUCCAAUCUCAUUUCCACGACGCUACCAACGCUGGCGAACUGGAUAUCGGGCUGACUAACGUGAGGAAACCCGAAUCGCUCGAACCCUUUCUAGCCUACUUUGAUGGAGAGAUGAACAAACGCGAGAUCACCACCAUACUUCUCCAAGUCAGUCACUACCUCCGGGACAAUCGACCCGACGAGGCCGAAUUCCAUGCGCAGAAGGCGCUCGGGUUGGCCGAAAACUCGGGCGAAAGAGCACUAGUUGCACGAUGCAAGUACUGGAAAGGCCGGGUGAAGUAUGCUCAAGGGGACUAUACCGAGGCACAUCAAUGGUUUGGCGAAUGUCAAUUAUGGAUAGCGGAGUACCCGGAGGGGAGCACGAUGGCUCAUUACAUGCAUCUCUCCAGACCGGAAUUGGAUGAUGAGGAACGGCAGCGCAUUUGCCAGGAAACUCGCAGACACGGACGCAGGUUGCGGACGGUGUCAACUAUCAGUGAAGCGCCGGCGAUCCAGACCUCGAAACGGCCAUGGGAGGAUAGCCUCCACUUAUUGUCGGUCGAAAACGUUCCACAAACCGUGCCUCGGAGGAAACGGGCCAAUCCCAAGUCCCAGCUAGAUAAGCUACCUAAAGAUACAGGUGGGUUUGAGCUGACUGGCAGGCAAAAAGUUUUCUCGUUCGAGAUGUACCCCGUGGGAAUGGCCUCAAGGUACCGACCGACUAAAAUCUUCGCUGAGCAGCCUCAUGAGCUCAUUGUGCCACAGAAAAAGUGGGACGAUUUCAUAGAGCAUCACAAGGACAAGAGUGUCACGAUGAGUUAUUUGGAAAGGGAACAGCGGCGAUAUCGGACUAAACUUCAAGAGAGGAUAUACCAGCGGCGCUAGCGUGCCGAGUAGCUGUGGGAAAUUGGAGGCGGAUCUUCGUUUUAGUCUGAGCUUGAAAGGCACCGAUCACCGGUGUAGCU